GUGAGAAUGAGAACUACAGUCGCCGGGUAUUUUUGAUUUACGAUGGCAUUCAUUACGAUCCUCUGGGGGUUAUCAACUCAGAUGGUACACCAAUGCAAACUGUUUUUGAUUCAGAAGACGAUGGUUGGAUUGCCGUUGCUCAUCAAGUUGGCGAUGAAGCACGCAAGGUAAUCAAAGACUGCAAAUCGCAAUAUCCAACUCUCGAAGAAAAAUAAUUGUCCAAAUUAGCCUUUCUCACGGCCGAUUUUCCCGCCAUUUUGGGGUACUGCCUCUCCCACGUUUAAGAGUUUCCGCACCAGGAAAUACAACUUUUCAGUAUUGUACAGUAGUUGUUUGUAUAAUGGCAAAUGCACAGUUACAACUUUUAAAAGUCGCUUUUCACGUUGUUUGAAUUGUCUAUAAUCUUUCACGAGGGCAGACAGUACCCCAAAUUGGCGGAUUUCGACCUUCGUGAGAAAGGCUAAUAGCUGUUAUCGUAAUUGAAUACGCCGCUGCGGCGAACCAGCGGUAUCUCAGUGGAAGUGCGCACGAAAACGAGGCUAAAGGGUCAAAAAACACAAAACAUGACCCUAUAGCCUCGUCUUGAUGUUAAAAUAAUGCAGAUACCGCUGGUCUGUAACAUUGACGUAUUCAAUUACGAUAACAGCUAUUGUCAAACACCAACUGUCGAAUAGUCGAAUCAGUUUAUAGUAUUUCUAGAAGGAUCUUAAACAAGUUUCUUACUUUAUAGAUGAACCAAUUCACAAACUUAAACAAGUUUACAUUGCGAUGUAUAAGCUGUGGUUUACCGUUGAUUGGCCAGACGGCAGCUACUCAGCAUGCCGAAGAAACUGGACACAUUAAUUUUGGUGAAGUUUGA